AAACAGGACGAACUGGAGGACAAUUAUUUGGUUGCUUUUCUCAAGUUGUCGCUCACGGACUGAAAUCGCUCCGCUGCACGGACAGAUACUCCGGGGGGGGGGGGGGGGGGGGGGGGGAAGUGACGGAUUUUUUGGAAAGAAGUAGGAAACAAAUUGGAACACAUUAGCACUACCUUUUACUCCCAUGGGAGACUGAACUGCACGGUGCAAGAGAGAAGCUGAAAGUAGCUCCAACACUUCAGCUACAAACUGAGAACGCUUGAAAGCAUGGACCUGAACGCACGCGACUUCCAGCGAGAAAACGUGUUCGGACCACUGCGGGGUUCAUGUUUUUAUUAAUUAAUUUAUUUUAUUGCGAGCCUACAAUGAGGAAACAAUGGUCUGGCAGCAGAUAGUUCUGUAAGUCGCCCCCCCCCAACACACACAUUGAUCUGACACACAAACACCAGCCGGGUUUCAUCACUGACUUUUUUUAAUGGGAAAACCGUGUGUUCUGGUAGGCUAGUGGUGAAACAUUUGGCCAUUUGUUUUUCUUUAAUCAUGAAAAGGAGAAUGUGUUCUGUUAAACCGAGCCUCAUCUAUGUGCUGCUGGUCCUGUGUAGUGGUGGGUGUUCAGCCAUUAGCUCAAUAGACCCCGACUGGUCUGGAGAGGGGAAAUGUCAACACAUCAGCAUCCCCCAGUGUAAAGACAUUGGCUACAAUAUGACACGCAUGCCAAAUCUUAUGGGCCAUGAUGACCAAAAGGAGGCAGCGAUAAAGCUGCAGGAGUUUGCCACACUGAUACAGUUUGGAUGCCACAGUCACCUCAAAUUUUUCCUGUGUUCGCUGUACGCUCCCAUGUGCACUGAGCAGGUGUCCAACCCCAUCCCAGCAUGUAGAGUCAUGUGUGAGCAGGUCAAGCUGAAAUGCUCUCCCAUCUUGGAACAAUUUAACUUCCCCUGGCCGGACUCUCUGGACUGCUCCCGGUUGCCAACCAAAAACGACCCAAACAACCUCUGCAUGGAGGCACCCAAUAACGGCUCAGAUGAGCCUCCUAAAGUCUCCCACACCCAGCCUCCAGAAUUUAGGCCCCAGCGGCCUCUAAACGGACAGGACCUGCAUCCUAAGGACAGCAGCAGCAGGCAGACCUGCAGCAAUCCUGGCAAGUUUCACUUUGUGGAGAAAAGUGAGUCCUGUGCCCCCAAAUGCUACCCCAAAGUGGACGUAUACUGGAGUCAGGGAGACAAGCAGUUCUCUUUGGUGUGGAUAGCCAUCUGGUCCAUCCUCUGCUUUGUCUCCAGCGCCUUCACUGUGCUCACUUUCCUCAUAGACCCACAGCGCUUCAAAUACCCUGAGAGGCCGAUUAUUUUCCUCUCCAUGUCCUACUGUGUUUACUCGGUGGGCUACCUCAUCAGACUGUUUGUGGGAGCUGAUAGAAUAGCCUGUGACCGAGACAAUGGGGUGCAGUAUAUUAUCCAGGAGGGUCUGGAGAGCACCGGCUGCACCAUUGUGUUUCUUAUCCUGUAUUAUUUUGGCAUGGCCAGCUCCCUCUGGUGGGUUAUCCUGACCCUCACAUGGUUCCUGGCUGCGGGGAAGAAGUGGGGUCAUGAGGCCAUUGAGGCCAACAGCAGCUACUUCCAUCUGGCAGCGUGGGCCAUCCCGGCCGUGAAGACCAUCAUGAUCCUGGUGAUGAGGAAGGUGGCCGGGGACGAGCUGACGGGCGUCUGCUACGUGGGCAGCAUGGACGUCAAAGCUCUCACAGGCUUUGUGCUUAUUCCUCUCUCCUGCUACCUUAUUAUUGGCACUUCCUUCCUGCUGUCUGGCUUUGUGGCCCUCUUCCACAUUCGUAAGAUAAUGAAAACCGAGGGCGAGAACACAGACAAGCUUGAGAAGUUGAUGGUUCGCAUCGGGGUCUUCUCCGUGCUUUACACUGUCCCAGCCACCUGCGUCAUCGGCUGCUACUUCUACGAGAGGCUCAACAUGGACUACUGGCGCGUGCUGGCAGCGGAGCAGAAGUGCAUGGACAGCAGCAGGCCGGAGUCAGAUGAGUGCGUCAUGAAGACUUCCAUCCCCGCCGUUGAGAUCUUCAUGGUGAAGAUUUUCAUGUUGCUUGUGGUGGGCAUCACUAGCGGCAUGUGGAUCUGGACCUCAAAGACACUGCAGUCGUGGCAGAAUGUGUUCAGCAGAAAGCUAAAGAAGAGGACAAGGAGGAAGGCUGCCAGUGUGUUUACCAGCAGCAGGCCUUACAUCAAACCUCACCCAUCUCUCAAAGGGCACAGUACUAAAUAUGAGCCUACACGGCCCCCUCCAACAUGUGUAUGAGCCGGCUCUUUUUUGUAUAAACCCAAAAAAACACUUGUAAAGCCAUUACUUAAUGAGACUUUGUAAUCAGAGUGCCAUCAAAAAAAUAUCAAGGUUCAUGUUUUAUUUAUGCAAACUGCGUUGACGAUAUGCAACGUGUUUUUUGUGUCUUGAGCCAUCUCAUGCAAAUAGAGCUGCAUUUGUUUGAGAGAGAAAAAUCUGCUACUCCUGGAUUCACUUAUCCAACUGACGAACUUAGUAGAGAGAAAAGAAAAUCGUAUUGUCCCCCGGACAAAAAGAGUGGAAUAAACUGUUUGGUUGUGCCAUGGGGUCACUUGAAUAAUGUGCAAUAGAUGUUUUCCAUACAGGCAUAAAAAAACAGACACUUGUACUGUUAGACAGACUACAGACAAUGAAAGGACACCACAGACAAUGGAGGCAAAUGGUUGGAGGGAUGAGUGUUGUGUUUUGAUGCUUUUUAAUGGAAAUGGAAGCAGUGUCAUACAUAUGUUUGAACUGGAGUGAGAGCAGCUGCUCAAGAACUUCCAAACUGCCCAUUGUGAGACAAAUCCAUGCCAUAAAUGAAUCAAGCACUCGUUAUUAAGGAGUUAUUUGUACACGUUUACGUUGUAAAACGUUGGUUUUUCUUUUUUUUUCCUUUGCUGUUUUAUAGCACAAGGGAACAUUUGUAUAUAUUUCUAAAAACAUCAGAUUUUAUAGAAAAAUUAAUAAAACGUUCUAGUUUUGAAUGUUAUAAAGCCCAAAUUGUGUUUUGCAACUGUGUUCUUAUCUCUCAUUCUCAUACAGCCGCAUAAAGCUGGUGUUGUACUAUUUAUUUUACUAUUGCAGCACUUUUGCUUGUUGCUAUUGUGUGAAGUUCAGUUCGAAGCUGUCAUUUAAAUACAUUAUAAAAAUUGAAAUCAUUUACCGCCAUUUAUUAAUGUAAUGGUGCAGUAUGUCAUAGCUGGGUUUUAACAAUACGUUUGGCACUACGUUAGCUUUAAAUAUAAUUGACAGAGACAGCAUUGUUUAGAUGACCAAAAGGCGACAAAAUACAUUAUUACAAUAGUAAUAAUUGAUUGAUGCUAUGACCAUACACUAUAUUUCUCUUGCUUUGGCAAAAGGUUUAACUCUGUAAAAAGGAUGUAACCAUGCUUGACAUGUUGGUGCUUAAGUCAACACACACAGAAAGCAUAAAAAGCAGCAAUACUACUCUUGUUUUUAAAUGUUCAUAAGGAAACAAUGGGACAUUAAUGUUUGGCUCUCUGGUGACAUUUAAGCAACAACUUAAAGCAAAGAAAUUAAAAAAAAAAAAAAAAGCCAAAGGAUUGUACAUGGCCUUCCAAUUGCUGUUUAUAUUCAGGGAACAAAGGGACUUUGCAUAUAGUUUUAGAUUGAGUGAGUUAAUUUUAAUAUAAAAUCACAUUUUAUUCACAGUUUUAUGUAGUCGUGGCUUUUUAUUUUUUUUGCAUUUGGAAUAUGUGCAGUUUAAAGAAAGAAUUGAAUCUUGAAAUGGUGUGAACAAUUACAGCCAAAAUUCAUCAAAAGAAAAAGGGAAAGUGCUGUUGUCAUCCCAUAGAUGAAUAAGCAUCUUCCCAGUUGUGUUUAAUUGACCAAAUUGUCCAUAGUUAUAGCUGUGGGUUUUGAUAACCUGUUAAUGAUUUUUUUUUUUUUCCGAUUCCUCACUGGCUUUAUGCUGGAUGCUUAUAUAACUCUUUGUAUAGUUCUUCAACCCCAGCUGAAGUGGUUAUACAACUUUUUUUAGUCCCCUCUCUCUCUCUCUCUCUCUCUCUCUCUCUCUCUCUCUCUCUUUCUCUCUCGCUCUCUCUCUCUCUAGCUGUGUUGCGUGUGUCGCUGCGUAUCAAUGAAGGGGUUAUACAAUAAUCCAGCUCUCAUUCAGGACAGGAUUAGACCGUUUGAAGGGUUUGACUUUGAAAAGAGGAUUGCUGCAAACCAAAAAUACAAAAUAUCUGUCAUCUCUUCUCUUCUUAUCAGCAAAGCAUAGUGGCAUUUCUAAAGACACAUCUGGCCCGGAUUUGAAGUAGUUACAUAUUGACUGAAGCGGCACUCUGAAGCAUGAGUAACUGAAUACAUUGUGCGGCAUUGUGAGAUGUUUGGUGUGUUAAACGAUCUUCACGCUGUCAACAAUUUUAAGGUACAUGCUCUGAGAGCCACAAGUCUAGUCUUGACUCUAAGCUAUGGCAAUUGUUUUUGUCUUGACAGUGCUGACAGAGCAACAUGAAAACACGGAUACUUGAAGUCACUGUCUACAUGUAUCUUUAUGUCAAGACAGAACCACACAUAUGAAUACUGAUAGAUGAGUAAGCAUGAUAGGCAUACACUUAUGCUUAUUAAUGAAUGUAAAAAAAGAUGUACGUUUUGUAGUACAAGACCUUUUCUACCUUUUUCUGCUUCACUUUCAAAUCUUUUAUUGAGAGUUUAAAACCUCUGGUAGAGUCCUCUACAGUUUAAUAAAGUUUCAAAAGUGUAGUAAUGCUUUGUCCCGGAGGGCAUUCAAGUUCCAGCGUCAACCCAACCAGUUUUAACAGUCAAAAGCACAUGACUCACAACCUCUAUGUGGCUGAAUCAAAGUCAGCCAGUGUCUAUUGAUACUCUGAGAUGCAAAAAAGGUGUGAGUGUUUCUGAGAGCUUCAACAGAGGCCACCUGGAUAACAGCCCCCGAGGUGUCUGGGAAGGCUGUAAAUAUAAAUGACAGUUACCACCCUCCUCCAGGGCUUCUUCAGCCAAACAGGCUUCACUUUGCUUCUUCCACUCUCUUCAAAGGGGAAAAAAAAA